CUUUUUUUAGUUCAAAGCCUUUCUUUUUAUUAUUUUUAUUAUUAUUUUUAUUAUUCUUUUUCCCUUUGAUUAUAUUCCUUAUCAUGGAUACAAGUGCAGCUCCAGAAACUACUACUUCUGUAAUGGUACAUGAUGCUACAACUGCGUCUCCUAUAAAGGAAGCAACUACUACCGAUAGAACAAAUAACAUUGAAGUUACUACGACUGUCAGUUCUUUAGUACAUGAACCUACACGUACCACAGAGGCAACUUCUAACAAGGAAACCACUUCUGCAGUAAUUGGUAGUACGACAGCAGUAGAAGCGACAACAAAAACAACAACAGAAGAAGCUCAGAUAUCGACUACAACUAUUACCGAAGCCACUAAACCAACAACCACUAUUAUCAUUGACACAACUACAUCACUAGCUAGUAGUAACGAAUUAUCGUCAGUAACUUCAACAGCAGACCCGACUACAACUACCGCAGACGUAGCAUCCUUUACCUCCUCUGAAACACGAACAACAUCAAUGGACCAAACAACAACGAAUACAGCCCCUUUGUCUACAACAAUAAUGUCUUCAAGCGACGUACAUACAACAACUGAAACAUCUGUCCCCACAACAACUUUAUCCGAAUCUAUCUCACAUACAACAAGUAGUAGUGAUACAUCAUCUCCUUCAUCAAUCAUAAACACAUCUAUAUCCAAUACAUCAGAAGCUCCUACUACUACUACUACUAGUAAUAAUCCAUCAUCAGUUACGGAAACUACCUCAUUCAUUGUGUCUUCAACUUCCGAAAAACCUACAUCCACUGAUCACCCUACAACAACACAGUCAAUGCAACAAACAAUACCGCCACCAUCAUCUUCUUCAUCUUAUAAAUACCAUACAACAAGUAUUACUGUUUCAACAGAUAUUACAACGACAACAGCUAUUGUUUCCAAUGGUAUCACAGUGACCGUAACUACUGUUAUUCCAACUACAACCGUAAUACCUUCAUUAGUUUUAAAUAAGAAUCCCGGACUAGCGGAACUAGACUCUAGUACAAACCAUACAGGUAGUAUAGUUGGUGGUGUAAUAGGUGGUGCAGCAGGGCUUGUGUUGAUUGCAGCAGGGCUUGUCUUUUGGAGACAUCGUCAUAAGCGAGAUGCCAUUAGUCGAAAACAGCAACGUACACAAAUGUAUGAUGAUGAGUUUUAUGCUGACCCUUAUGACUGGCAUAAUCGAAACGAGGAACAAAUUCAACCUAUCAAUUCACAAAAUCAUCCCACAAAUAUUUUAGAUGAUGAGGAAGAAGAUUUUUAUCGAUCUAGAAAGAACAGCCGAAAUUCUUGGUGGUCUAACAUAUCGAACCCUUUUAGUAGAAAAUAGAAUAUAUCUACUAUUACUAUCACUACUACAACUACUACUACUACUACU